AUGUCGAUGUCGCCGGCGCCCGAAGCCAAAGGGUUCACCGAGGAGGAAGCCGGUCAUAUCGGGUGGAACUUCGUCAGCAAGUACUAUGAGAGCUACAACACCAACAUCGACGUGUUGUACUCGAUGUACGCCCCCCAGUCGCUGUUGUCGCACGCGAGGUUCCCUCACGGCGACUCCACCACCCCCCAAGUGGUGAAGGCGAAGGGGCGGCUGGCGAUCAAAGCCCGUUAUGCCGAAGACGACUGUGCUGACCAGGCCAACCGCAUCGUGAUCACUCUGGCGGCGAUCGACGCCUGCUUAGGGGCGAACAUCCUCGUGGUGGUUUACGGUGAAUGGGCCAAAGCCGACUCCCAGUUCUACCAGUUCACCCAGACGUUUGUUUUGACCAGCCGGGGCACCACCUACUUCAUUGCCAACGACGUGUUGCGGUUUUUGACCUGGGACUUGAAGGAUGCCUCCAGUGCUCCUGAAGCCCAGUUGGCGGGCAAACAGACCGAUGACGUCAAAGUGGGCGAUGCCGAGACUGCCGCGGUCACCGAGCCAGUGACCAAAGAUGCUACUCCUCAACCAACCGCUGAAACCACGCCUGCAGCCACCACCCCGGCUCCCGAACCUCAACAACCUCAACAACAACAGCCACAACAACAACAAUCGCCGGCGGCAGGGGCUGCAACCACUGCUGAAACGGUCACCUCUCCCGAACAGCCUACCCCUCUGACCACUACUGACGAGUCGGAAGCUGUGGUGGCGGAAAAGGCCGCUUCGCAAGAACCAGUGGAACAACAACUGCUGACUACUACCGAACAACAAGCGGAAAAGCAAGAAAAGGAAGAAGACAAGGACGAGGCUAAACCGGUGGAAGAAGCCAAGCCCGAAGCGAAACUGUCGGUGACGUCGCUGGCGGCAGCAUCGCCGUCGCCGUCGCUGGCGCCUACCCCUUCGUCGUGGGCGGGUAUCGUGUCGAGCCUGACCCCCAAGCCCGCGGCCAAGCCGGUGGCUGCUACCACUAAGAAGCCCGUGGCUCCUCAAUCUAAGCCUUCCAGCGUGUCGCCGCAAUCUCCCAAUGGUGGCUUCCAACCCCACCACGGCGACAAGCAAUGGAACCUGGUUUUCCUCAAAGUGCAAGGGGCGCUGCGGUUUGACCCUGAGGCGAUCAAGGCCAGUGUCGAACAGGAAUACGGUGCCAUCAAGUUCUGGAAGCACAGCAACGUCGGCUGGGUGUGUGACUUUGUCGCCCCUGAGCUGAAGACUCGCGCUUUGGCCGACAAGCAAAUGGACGUCAACGGGGUCACGGUGUUGAUUGAACAGAAGUUUUUCAAGAAGCCGAUCAACAAGGACGGGAAGUUUGUUGACAAGCGCAAGAACUUCACCAAGAAUGGUCCGGCCAAGUUUAAUAAGGAAGGGGGUUACGACAAGCGCAAGGGUGCGCACCGAAAAAGAACACACGGCAAAGGCAGGCUCAUGAACUUCUUACGGCGGCGGCGGCUGGACGACGAUGCCGGGGACGAGGGCGACCAGUUUGAGGUGUCGGCGACGGAGAAGCUGCGCAAGCCCCCCAACACCGCGUUCCGACAGCAGCGGCUCAAGGCGUGGCAGCCGAUCCUCACCCCGAAGACGGUGAUCCCGUUCUUGUUUCUAUUGGCGGUGAUCUUCGCCCCACUCGGCAUUGCCAUGCUUUAUACUUCAUACAAUGUCCAUGAUAUUGUCGUCGAUUACAGUUAUUGCGAUGCUGAGGCCUCCGACACGUACCAGGAGAUCCCGAAGAAAUACGCGUCGUCCCACCUCAGUCUGGGCGAUAAACCCAAGGUGGAAUGGAAAGUGGAGACCGUGGACGGCGAAUGGGGGUCCCACCCGGUGUGCACCAUCAAGUACGAGAUCACUAAGGACCUUAAAGGCCCGUUGUUUCUCUACUACAAGCUCACCAAUUUCUACCAGAACCACCGUAAGUAUGUGGAACUGUUUGACAUUGACCAGUUGAAGGGUAAGCCCGUGAGCCACGACGAUAUCACCGAUAAGUGCAAGCCGCUCCGGUUCCAUAAGGACUUUGGCGGCGACACCGAUAAGGUCAUCUACCCCUGCGGGCUUAUUGCCAACCUGGUGUUUAACGAUACUAUCGGCAACCCUGUUUUACUUAAUCCUGCUAACGGAGAGGUGAACCAAACCUACGAAUUCAGCCAGGAAGACAUCUCGUGGCUGUCUGACCGCAAUAACCGGUUUAAGAAGACCGAGUAUAAGCCUGAGGAUGUGGUGCCGCCCCCGAACUGGGCCGUGCGCUAUCCUGACGGUUAUACCGAAGAUAACAUGCCCAAUUUACAGGAAAUGCAACACUUGCAGAACUGGAUGAGAACGUCAGGUCUCCCAUCGUUCUAUAAGCUUUACGGCAAAAACCACGACGAUGUCAUGAGCCUGGGGGUCUACGAGAUGAAGAUCGACAUGUACUACCCCGUGUCAGUGUACGGUGGCCACAAGCUGGUGGUGAUCACUACUAGCAGCACCAUUGGCGGGCGCAACUUGCUGUUGGGGGUGAUCUAUAUUAUCGUGGCGGUGAUCUGCGUGGUGUUGGCGGUGGUGUUCUUGUUACAGCAUUUGAUCAAGCCGCGGGCGAUCGGUGACCACGAGUUCUUGCUGAACGACCACCAGUUCCGCAGUCAGCUUUAG